AUGAUCUUUUCGAUCACGACGAAUGGCGACGGCUUACCGCGUCACGUGGAACCGGCGCCGGCUGUGGAGGAGGAUGCAAGACACGCCGCCAGUCGUCCGGUCGCCAGGGUGAAUGACCUCGGCAACGGGAACAUGAAUGGUAUUCAACUCAAGCCGAUGCCUCGCUACAAGAGGACCGACUUCGAGGACGAAGAGACGAGCAGCGCGAGCAGCAUCCCGGGAGACGUGACCGGCAGUUCGACCGUGCUCACGGACAUGAAAGGCGGCGGCGUGGGCCCCGUGGCGGCCGGGGUCGGCGGGGCCCGGGGCUCGGUGGCCGGCCUGGCCCCGAUGGGCGUUCGCUACUCGGUGUCCGGCGGGGCCCAUCGGCGCACCUUCUGGCAGCGGGCCUCGCCGCUCGAGCGGUUCCUGCUCGCCCUGGUCGCACUCCUCGCCUUCGUCGUCUUCGUGCUCGCCAUCGUGGUCGGCGUCAGCUCGGGGGGCGUCCGGGAACGGAUCAUCGAGAAGAUCGUGCAGCCCGAACGAAAAUACUGCGUGACGCCCGCAUGCGUGACGGUCGCCAGCUCCAUCCUGAACGCGAUGGACCACGAAAAGGACCCUUGCGAAGACUUCUACCAAUACGCCUGCGGGGGCUGGAUCAAGUCCAAUCCACUUCCAGAUGGCAAGUCCAUCUGGGGCACCUUCGGCAAGCUUUGGCAGGAAAACCAACUGGUUAUGAAGAACGUACUAGAGGACGAGAAGACGGAACUCAAGAGCAUGGCCGAGAUGAAAGCGCGAACCUACUACUACUCCUGUCUCGAUAAGAACGAAACGGUCGAAGCCCUGGGAAAGAAACCUAUCGUCAAUCUGCUCGAUAUCGUGGGCGGCUGGAACGUGAGCGGCAACUACUCGACGGACACGUGGGACCUGCAGGAAGCGCUACACCUGAUCCACAACGUGUACUCGCGGUCCGGGCUGUUCUCGUGGGCCGUCGGAGAGGACGACCGGAACUCCUCCAGGCACAUCCUCCAGGUGGACCAAGGAGGGCUCAUCCUGCCCUCGAGGGACUACUACCUAGACAAGGCCGCCGACGACAAGGUGCUCACGGCGUACCUGUCCUACAUGACGGCCAUCGGCGUGCUCCUGGGCGGCGAAGAAGCUUCCGUGAAAGCCCAGAUGCAAGAUGUUAUUGACUUCGAGAAGCGUCUAGCAAACAUCACGGUUCCUGCGGAGGAGCGGCGCGACGACGAGCGCCUGUACCACAAGAUGACGGUGGCCGAGCUGCAGGCGGGCGCCCCGCUGCUCAACUGGACGGCGUACUUCAACAGCGCCUUCUCGCAGAUCAACAAGACCAUCCCGGACACGCAGGAGGUUGUCGUCUACGCGCCGGAGUACAUGGCCAACAUGACGGACCUGGUGCGAGAGUACCUCGCCUCCAGCAAAGGCAAAGUGAUCAUCUGCAACUACCUGGCCUGGAGCAUGGUCCAUUCGAUGGUGUCGUACCUGUCGGAGCCAUUCCGGGAGGCGUCCAAGGUGCUGCGGAAGGCCCUCAUGGGCUCGGACGGCUCGGAUACUGCCUGGCGAUACUGCGUGACCGACACCAAUGCGGUCAUCGGCUUCGCGCUGGGCGCCAUGUUCGUGAGGGAGGUCUUCGACGGAGACAGCAAACCCCUUGCACAAAACAUGAUUCAAGAAGUUAAGGACGCUUUCAAGAACAACCUGCCCAUGCUCAAGUGGAUGGAUCGAGAAACCAGGGAACUCGCCAAGGAAAAGGCUGAUGCCAUCACCGAUAUGAUAGGCUUCCCCGAUUUCAUCACGGACCCCAAGAAACUCGACGAAAAGUACAAGGGACUGGAGUUUGAGGAGAACGAAUACUUCGAGAACAAUAUCCGCGUGAGCCAGUUCCUGCUGAGGAAGAACAUGCAGCGGCUGUACAGGCCCAGCAACAAGACCGAGUGGGAGAUGACGCCGACGACCGUCAACGCCUACUACACUCCCACUAAGAACCAGAUCGUUUUUCCUGCGGGCAUUCUCCAGGCUCCUUUUUACGACCCCAACUAUCCGAAAUCGCUCAAUUUCGGAGCCAUGGGCGUCGUGAUGGGCCACGAACUCACGCAUGCCUUUGACGACCAAGGUCGAGAGUACGACAAGACCGGAAACCUCCACCAGUGGUGGAAGAACUCGACCAUUCGGAGCUUCCAGUCGCGAGCGCAAUGCUUCAUCGACCAGUACUCGAACUACACUGCCAACGGCGAGAACCUCAACGGGAAGCAAACCCUAGGAGAAAACAUCGCCGACAACGGAGGACUCAAGGCAGCGUUUCACGCCUUCGAAGACUGGCUGGGCACGCACCCGGACGAGCCUCCCCUGCCGGGCGUGAACCUGACCCACAAGCAGCUGUUCUACGUGGGGUUCGCGCAGGUCUGGUGCUCCACCGAGACGCCGGAGGCCAUCCACCUGCAGAUCCUCAGUGACCCUCACUCGCCGGCCAAAUACAGGGUCACCGGUCCUGUGUCAAAUUCCGAGGAGUUUGCGAGGGAGUUCCAGUGCCGAAAGAACAGUGCCAUGAAUACGAAGAAGAAAUGCGAGGUCUGGUGAUGAAAAGGCAUGAAGCUUGCAACCAGUACUGCAUAGUUGAGACUAAGAGUCAGGUACGUCAGUGUCGACGUCAAGUGGGUCCAGGAAAAGAAAACGAAAACAACAAAAACGAAGAAGUAUGCUACGUCAAGUUUACGAGCUUCUCUGUCUCCCAAGCAAGUUAUUUUGUUUUUGUUCUUUUAUAAGUGACU